UUACAUGGCCGUCCUCUCCGCCUAUGACGACACCCCCGAGAAGCCGCCAAUGAGAGGACGGUGUCUCCCGAGCCUUCAUUUGCAUAUGAGCACUAUAAGUAGCGGGGCCCGGCUCAGCCGCUUCACGUCGUUCGUUCCCGAACUCGUUGCUUCCUCUGUUUUCAGCCCCUUUCCUGCUUUCGCCAUGCCCGAGCCGGCCAAGUCUGCUCCCGCCCCCAAAAAGGGCUCCAAGAAAGCCGUGACCAAGGCCCAGAAGAAAGAUGGCAAGAAGCGCAAGCGCAGCCGCAAGGAGAGCUACUCCAUCUACGUCUACAAAGUGCUGAAGCAGGUCCACCCUGACACCGGCAUCUCCUCCAAGGCCAUGGGCAUCAUGAACUCCUUCGUCAACGACAUCUUCGAGCGCAUCGCCGGCGAGGCUUCCCGCCUGGCGCACUACAACAAGCGCUCGACCAUCACUUCCCGGGAGAUCCAGACGGCCGUGCGCCUGCUGCUGCCCGGGGAGCUGGCCAAGCACGCCGUGUCGGAGGGCACCAAGGCCGUCACCAAGUACACCAGCUCCAAGUAAGCGGCUGCCUCGGGAGUCCGCCCCCCGCCCCGAAACAAAGGCUCUUUUCAGAGCCACCCACUGCCCUCAAGACAAAACGAGCUGUCUCACGCACCCGAGGGCUCGGGAGCCCCGACGCCUACCUACCUACCUACCUGCCUGCCUACAUAAGAUAACAUAACCUGUUUGUCCACCCUCGCCUCCUCUCCCCUUGUGCUUGCUGCGCUCUUGCCUGCCGGAAGUGCCGGCUUCUGGUCGUUUCUUUCCCCGAAGCCCGGGGUCAGCCGGCACCCGCUUGCGCAGCUAAAACUCUUGAAAACCUUCCCUUCCUCUUUGAACUUUUUCUCCUUUGCCUCGCUUCCAUCCUAGGCUCCUCCCUCGCCCUCCCGUCGCGUCCCUUCCCUUCCCACCCGGCUCGCUGCCACAGCGCGCAGCCUCAAAACUUGGGAAACAUCUUCCCUCCCUCACCCCACCCCCCCAGUCUCCUCCCGGCCUCAGCCCCGGCCAAGUUCUCACGUCAACAAGGAGAAAAGAAUACCUUUUAGCAUUCUUUUGCCUUUUAAGAUUUUGCCUUCUGGGUCUAGUUCUUUAAAACUUUUUAUCAAACCACCUGAUUGAAUGCUUUUAGGUGGACGCUCAAUUCUCAGGACUAUCAAAGGUCUGAGCAAAGUCAGUUUGCAUUGCGAAAAAUAAUAUUAUUGAGUCAUUGCAUCUGAAGAAUGUUUUGGGUUUCCAGACAAGUGUUCGGAGGAUUGUGGGCUUAAAUUUCUGCGGUUUUGCCCCUGGGGUUACCAAGGAAACUUGGUGCAUGCCAAUAAAAGCAAUUUUAGUGAGUAUUGACCAGAAUGUAACCCCACUAACAACUACUGAGAAGGAAAAAAAAAAGCCCUGCCUCCGGCAAAAAUGAACAAAACAUAAAACUCCCACGUGAGAUCCAUGGAACUUUAGACCUGAGUCAUUGUUUUUUUAAACUUUAAGACAAUUUCAAUAUUUUCGAAACUAUUUGCAAAAUAAGACAGGGUUUUACGAAAUUGGGUACAAACAAGGUCUUGAUAUCCAAACUUGAUGUUUCAAAAGACUCCGGGAAAAUUGGAUUGCUGUUUCUAAUGACCAUUGUCCACAAAAUAAGUCAAUAAAAAAUGUUGUUAGAAUCUACAUCAAGUUACUGAUGUUAAAUAGUAUGGUGGUCAGGUUGAACUUAGAGUAGAAAUGGAAGUGGGGUUCAGUAUUAGGAAAACUACAUAUAAUUAAUUAGAGAGAAGCCAAAAUAUCCAUAAAUACAGCAAAACUUUGGAUGGAAUUAAACACCCAUUUCUGUUUAACAAGAAAAUUGUACCUUUCCUUCUUGUAAGUCACGUAUUGUUAUCUAUAACAUAUAAUUUUACGUGUAAUAUAUCGUUUAUAUAGUAUAUUAUGUAAUUAUAUGUCUAAAACCAAAGAGCCAGUAUUAUGUGUAAAGAGGAUAAAAUGCAUAUAAUAAAUCUGUGGUUAAGCAA